AUGGAGCCGUCGAAAACUCAGACCCUUCAUACUCCAUUUCACACCACUGAAGGUGGUGAAGAAGAACAAUGUGAUUCUCACCUGCAGGGGCAUGUGGUGGAUCCCUUGGGUUAUACAAAUGGACACUUGGAAUCUACUGAGCAGCACCAUUCUUUGGAAACUAAGCCUGUACUUAACUACUCUAUACAAACUGGCGAGGAGUUUGCUUUUGAGUUCAUCCGUGACCGGGGGAUUCCUAGGAAAGCAUCUCCGCCUAAUAGCAAUGGAGGCGAUCCCACUUUCGCGCCUAGUUACAUGGAACUAAAAGGUCUUUUAGGCGUGAGUUGUUCUGAAUCUGAGAGUGGUUCAGAUAUUUCUAUGCUCCCUAUAUUGGGAAACGGAUCUCAAAGAAUUCCUCAUUCGUUCCAAAGAAAUUUUUCUCUCCACAGUAGUUAUCAUUCACUUGCACAGGCUUCAUCAGGAGCAUCAUCUGACAGCUCGAAGCUUAAGUUUUGCUGCAGUUUUGGAGGAAGGAUCUUACCUCGUCCAAGUGAUGGAAAACUCAGAUAUGCUGGAGGUGAAACACGCAUCAUUUGCGUUAGCAAGGACAUUCAGUGGCAGGAGUUAUUGCAGAAAACCAGAGCGAUUUAUGAUGAAACUUAUUGUAUUAAGUACCAACUUCCAGGGGAAGAGCUAGAUGCCUUGGUUUCCGUGUCUUGUGAUGAGGACUUGCAGAAUAUGAUGGAAGAGUGCAAAGUAUUAGAUGAUGGACGAGGAUCAUAUAAACUUAGACUAUUUCUAUUCUCGGCUGCUGAUCUGGAUGAUAAUAACUUUUUCUCAAGCCACAAUGUUGGUGGGGAUUCUGAGUUUCAGUUUCUAGUAGCUAUCAAUGGUUUGGACAUUGGAUCAAGGAAAAGCCCGAAUCUAAAUUUGGGUAAUUUAGAUGGAUCGAAAAUUGAGACAAAUCAGUCUUUAAGACCUGGCUAUGUUGUGGCUAGUGCUCCCGCACCUUUUGUUGAGCCGUCUUUAUCUCCUGCUGAAUCUUCUCAACCUGGUUUACAAACUGUUCCAAAAGCUUCAGAACCCGAGUCACAGUUUUACCAUGGAAAUAUGUUGGAUACUAGUCAAGUUAGAAUGCAACCGGUGCAUUAUGAUUACAAUUUGCAUCCCAGUCAACUUUUGCCUGUUGAAGGUGCUGCAGAACCUAUGCACCUUGAGAGGCAUAAUUGGGAUGAGCAGAAACGUCCGGAAGGGAAGCUAAUAGAUGCCACGGGGCAAGAACCACAAAUUAUGAAUCCAAAUGAUCUAUGCAAUGAUAGCAAGGACUUCAUUUACGUCGAUGAAAGAUCAACUGCGGUCCCAUCUAAACUAAAUGAAGAGAUGUAUUCAGUGUCUUCAAAGGACGGGGAAAAAUCAAGGGGACCACCUGUACAGAUGUCUUCCCUCCUGGAUGGUGCUAAUCCGGUCGAGGUUUUGAAACCCAGUGGGACUUACUAUAAUGGUGGAGAUGGUGCUGCUGUAACUACGGAAUCUGGAGCAAUUGAUUUGAGCUACUUUGAGCCGCCAGCUGCAUCAUCUUCUCAGAGGGUCUUCCAGUCUGAAAGAAUCCCCAGGGAACAAGCCGAGUUGCUUCACAGGUUAUCCAAGUCUGAUGAUUUGCAUAACUCUCCAUUUGUGAUGACCACGCAUUCACGCUCCAAUAUUCCAGAGCAGCAGGACUUGAUUUCAGAACCUGUUGAAAGAUCCCAGCAGGGCAUAAUACCCACUGAACACCUCGGUUUUGUGGAUUUCCAAAGGACUAAGAAUGAGCAUACAGAGCAUCCAGAGAGCAAGCCCUCUGUACUUGACUUUGUGGAUUCCAAAGAUCACGGUGAGUACAAUGGUGAGAAUAUGUUGGGCAACAACAUGCCUGAGCCUGGAUCAACAGUUACUUUAGUGAACAGAACGGGUCAAGGUGAUUUCUUGGAAGAUUCAGAUGGUAAUCAUCUUCCUGGAGUCCAUAGGGUAGAAAACAUUAGUAAUGAGACCAAGCAUGUAUAUCAACGGGGCACCUCAGAUGUUUCUAAAGCAGAGCAGCCGGAUAUUCUUAUUGACAUAAAUGACAGAUUUCCUCGUGAUAUCCUUUCUGACAUAUUCUCAAAGGCCAUCCUUUCUAAUAGCCCUCCGAGCAUUAGUCCACUCCAAAACGAUGGAGCUGGCGUGAGUCUGAACAUGAAAAACCAUGACCCUAAGAGCUGGUCGUUCUUCCAAAAAUUGGCUGGAAAUGACUUUGCUCGAAAGGAUUUGUUUUUCGGUCAAGACCAGCUUGGUUAUUCUGAUGGGAUAUUGCCAAAAGUUGAUGAAGAAGCUCCUAUUGUUGCUUACGGUUUUGAUCCUUUGGUGGGAAAUGGAGUUUCUCAAAACCAUGUAGAAAAUGAAUGGAGAGAAGUACCAAAUAGACCCGAAAAUUUAGUUUCUGAUUCUGAUUAUCCUCUUCCAUCCCAUGAGCAAAUUGGUGAUCCUAUGCCAUACGAUGAUUCUACUGAAAACACGAGAGUAGACUUGGAAUAUGAGGAUGGACAAAACUUUGGUUUUCUACAUCUUGAUCCUUCAUUGGGCAUUGACCUAAGCUCUUUGCAGCUGAUAAUGAACGAAGAUUUAGAGGAGCUGAGGGAACUCGGGGCUGGUUCAUUUGGAACAGUCUAUCAUGGGAAAUGGAGAGGAACAGAUGUUGCCAUAAAAAGGAUAAAGAAAAGUUGCUUUACUGGUCGACCAUCUGAGCAGGAGAGACUGGCUAUAGAGUUUUGGCGAGAGGCUGAGAUUUUAUCAAAGCUUCACCACCCGAAUGUGGUGGCAUUUUAUGGCGUGGUGCAAGAUGGACCCGGUGGAACACUAGCUACCGUGACUGAAUUCAUGGUAGAUGGUUCUUUGAGGCAUGUUUUACUUCGAAAGGAUCGGCAUCUCGAUCGUCGUAAGCGACUUAUCAUUGCCAUGGAUGCUGCAUUUGGCAUGGAAUAUUUGCACUCGAAAAAUAUUGUUCAUUUUGAUCUAAAAUGCGAUAAUUUAUUGGUCAAUCUGAAAGAUCCUUCCCGACCUAUUUGCAAGGUUGGUGACUUUGGUCUUUCAAAGAUGAAAAGGAAUACUUUGGUCUCUGGUGGAGUUCGGGGCACUCUCCCUUGGAUGGCUCCUGAGCUUCUGAAUGGGAGCAGCAACAAGGUUUCUGAAAAGGUUGAUGUUUUCUCAUUUGGUAUUGUUUUGUGGGAGAUACUCACCGGGGAGGAGCCUUAUGCAAACAUGCAUUAUGGUGCAAUUAUCGGAGGUAUAGUAAGCAACCAAUUGAGGCCAACUAUUCCAAGCUUUUGCGAUCCUGAAUGGAGAAGGUUGAUGGAGCAAUGUUGGGCCCCAGAUCCCAUUGCCAGGCCAUCAUUCAGAGAAAUUGCUGCUCGUUUACGUUCAAUGUCAGCUGCUGCUACCCAGAACAAGGCAGCUGUUAAUAGGACAUCUAACUAA